AUGACCGAUGACCGCACCAUCUCCGCAUUAUCCGCGGCUCCACAUCGUCAUGCCGCAAAGGGUAGCGAGGUUGGGCAGGCCAAUGAGAGCGCUGGACCCCAACAAGGCUAUCGCCUGGUCAUCGAUACCAGCACUGUGAAAGACCGUUUUAUUCCCGAAUCGAUGACGGCCAGUACCUCGGAUCUGGAAAAGGUGGAUGCAGACCAGAGGAAUACAGAUGGCGUGUCGAGUAUAGGUGAUGUCGCGAACCCUACGGAUGAGGUGGUAGCCGCAAAUGGACAAUCGAAAGAGCGGGACUUGAGUGACGAAGUGAAGAAGGACGUCCCACCGAACGGAGGAUAUGGUUGGGUUUGUGUUGCCUGUGUGGCCACUAUUAAUGCGGUGAGUUCAUCCCUGAAGCUUUCCUCCCUGCAGGCACCAGACGAUAGGGCGACCAAUCUUUUCGAGAGCGAGGACUGA